AUGACAAGUCUCGCCGAUAUCGAUCUCGAUGGCUUGCUUCGCGAAGCCGAGUCGCGGCUCUCGAAAACCCGUACAAGCCAGCAAAUCGACAACAAGCCUCCAUUGUCCGGGAGCUUGACAUCUGUUCCAAGUCGUGGCGCGGCUCCUCGUGAAGCCUUGUCAGUGCGCCAGAUCCAGACCACGAAAACUCCAACCGAGGACACCGCCGGGAAGGAUUGGUUCCACCUCCCCAAGGCCGACGCGACUUCUGAGCUGAAGAGAGACUGGCAAAUUCUCCGUAUGCGCAAUGUCUUGGAUCCUAAACAGCAAAGAAAGGCUUUGCGGCCUGAGAUUCCCAAGUACGCCCAGGUUGGGGAAAUCGUUGCUGGACCGACGGACUUCUACAGCGCAAGAAUGACACGCAAGGAACGGAAGCACAACUUGCUUCAAGAAGCACUAGACUCUCGAGAUGAGUCAAAGAUGCGUCACAAGUACGCCAAUAUCCAGCACGACAAGACCAGUGGUAAGAAAGGCUCUUACCGGAAGUUCCUGUCCCAGCGGAAGAAGUUCAAGGGAUGA